AUGUCCACGUUUCGAAAAUCAUAUAAGAAUCAACUGAAAAGAUUCAAUAAUAGCCACAGCAAUAGUAGCAGCACAUCUGUCGAAUUGACAAAUUUGGUUGAGAUGUUUCCUGAUUGGGAAGCUGAUGAAUUGCAAGGUUUAUUGUCAGAAAAUGAUAAUUCAUUAGAAAUUGUCAUUGAUUUAAUAGUUAAUAAUAAAGUUUCUAAAUGGGAACCAAUUAAGAAAGAAAAACAUAAAAAGAAGGAAAAAGAAACUGAAGAUCAUAAUAGUUCAACUAAUGGUUCAACUAAUUCUGCAUCUACUUCUUCAACUGCCCCUUCAUCUGAUAGAAAACCUUAUAAUAAAUCAAAACCACAAAGUUCUUCAACUAGACCUCCAAAGAAACAACAUGCCAAUGCUAAUUAUAAAAAAGGUGGAGAAAAAUCUGCCGAAAAACCAAAGCCUACUUCUACUACAUCAUCUACUACCACCACUCCUGUACAAAAAGAAACUACUCCUGCUACCAAUUCUUGGGCUGCUGCUUUGUCUAAUGAUAAACCAAAGAAAUCAGUAGCAACUACUGAAGAAUCUGAACCAGUAGAACAUGCGGAAGAAGAUGGUGCAAAAGCACAACAAGAAGAACAAGAAACAGUGGCUGAAUUAGACAAUACUACUACAACUAAUGGUGAACAACAAGAACAACAACCAGAAGAAGAAACUACACAGGAAUCACAAGCUCCAGUAGAACAAGCUAAACCUGUAUUAAAAGAAGCUGCUAUUCCUGAACCAAAACAAGGAUCCUGGGCUUCUGCUAUUACUCCAAAGACUGUUAAACCAAAGGCUAAACCAGCACCAAAACCAGUUUCACAACCACAACCACCAAAAGAAGAGGAAGAAAAAGAGGAAAAAGAACCAGUUGUUGAAGAACAAGUUUCUGAACCAGUAGAAUCAAUUGCUGAAGAAACUGUUGCUGAAGUUAGUCAAUCUAUUCCAUCUGAAGAACCAAUUGAAAGUCCAGUUGCUACUGCCACCACCACCACUGCUGCUACUACUACUGAACCAUCUAUUGUUGAACAACCACAACAACAACAACAACCACAAGUUGUUUUGCCAACCUCUCAACAACAAGUUAACUCAGUUGGUAUUUCAUUCGGUUCAUUGUCUAUCCAAGAAGAAUCUAAAGACGCUGAAGUUCCAAGAGAAGAAGUUAUUGCUGAACAAACCUCCCAACCUGAACAAACUCAACAACAGCAACAACAACCUAUCCAAGAUCAACAACGUUAUGGAUUGUACAACCAACAACAAACUCAACAAAGAUAUCAACAACAACAACAAUCUGCUUAUCAACAACAACCUCAACAACAACAACAACAAAAUCAAUAUUCUAAACAACAGCAACAACAACAACAAGCUCCAAUUCAGCAACAAACUGCUCAGCAACAAUAUGAUUACUACAAUCAAUUCCAACAACAAUAUCCACAACAAACUGCUCAACCAGGUGCUCAAUUUGGUGGAUACCCAGGAUUUGAUUACAGUGGAUAUAAUCAACAAGCUUUUGCUGCUGCAUCUCCAGCUGCUAACCACAUUGCUACAUUGGGUGGAUCUGCUGGUGUUGGUGGUGGAUAUGGACAAUAUGCUCAACAAGCUGGAUCUACUGAUUCAUCUCAUAGUCCAAUUACUAAUCAAUCUACUUUACAACAACAACAAGCUGCUGCUGCUGCAUUGAAUGCUCAACAACAGCAACAACAAAUGCCAACACCAUUUGGUUAUCCAGCUUAUUAUAACUACUAUUAUAAUAAUCCAUAUUUCAAUGCUGGUGGAUUAGGUUCAACUGGAUUUGGGGCUCCACAGCAAGGAAAUCAACAAGGUCAACAACCAACCUCUUCACAAGGUGCUAGUCAACAAGGACAAGCUCAACCACAAGUUCCAUCAGCCGGUAGUCAACAAGGAGGAGCUAGUAUGGGUAGUAAUGGAUUUGGAGGACAACAACAAUAUUAUAAUCCAAAUCAAUUUAAUAAUAGAUACCCAGGUUAUUCUUAUCCUCCACAACAACAGCAACAACAACAACAACCUGUUCAACAAAAUGCUGGUCAAUCACAACAAGGAUCUUCCCAAUCUGCAUCUAAUUCUGAAGGUGCAUCUGAUGGUCAACAAUCUUCAUCUCAAGGUCAACAAGGUCAACAAGGUCAAGGUCCACAAGGUGUUCAACAAGGUCAAGGUCAACAACCACCAGUUCCUCAACAACAUAUGAUGCCACAAUAUGGAGGAUAUCAACAAUAUCCACAAUAUGGAUAUCAAGAUUCUAACCAAUACCGUGGUGGAUGGUAUUAA